AUGGAAAUCCAAUUGCUAGCAGUGAGGCCACACAACAUAAGUUGUUUUCUCACAAUCUCUGACCCCGAUGUUCAUUGUGUUUGUAUUGUUCUUCCUACAGACAGUGAAAACUGCAUGAAAUGUCCUGAUGAAGAAUGGCCAAAUGAGAAGAAGGAUCGGUGUGUUCCAAGAGUGGUGGAAUUUCUCUCCUACACUGAUGAUCCCAUUGUUGGAGUAUUUUCAGCUCUCUCCAUCCUCUGUUGUCUUCUGACUGGUUUAAUAUUGGGGAUAUUUAUACAUUACCAGGACACCCCCAUUGUUAAAGCCAAUAACCGGGACUUGAGCUAUCUUCUCCUGGUCUCCAUCAUGCUGAGCUUCCUCUGUGUCUUCUUGUUCCUCGGCCAUCCAGUAGAUGUGACCUGCAUGCUGCGUGUCACCUCUUUUGGUGUCAUCUUCUCAGUUGCCGUCUCUUCUCUACUUGCCAAAAGUAUCAUGGUGUGUAUUGCUUUUAAAGCCACCAAACCUGGGAGUCCCUGGAGGAAAUGGAUGGGAACCAAACUGCCAAAUUGUAUCAUUUGUGUCUUCUCACUGGUCCAAGUCAUAAUCUGUGUCACUUGGUUGUCUAUUUCUCCCCCCUACCAGGAUCAGGACAAUAACUCUUAUCAGGGGAAGAUCAUCAUUCAGUGUAAUGAGGGUUCAGUUAUCGGCUUCUACUCUGUCCUGGGAUAUAUGGGGCUUCUGGCAGCUGUGAGUUUCAUUAUCGCUUUUUUAGCCAGGACAUUACCGGACAGUUUUAAUGAGGCUAAGUACAUCACCUUCAGCAUGCUGGUGUUCUGCAGUGUCUGGAUUGCCAUGAUCCCGGCCUAUCUGAGCACCAGAGGGAAAUACAUGGUGGCUGUGGAGAUUUUCGCUAUAAUGGCCUCCAGUACUGGACUUCUUGGCUGUAUAUUUUUCCCAAAAAUUUACAUAAUUCUGUUCAGACCUGACCUUAAUGCAAAAAUAGUUAUCCACUAAUAUGUAUGGAGGAACACUGGGUUAUCAGUAAUUAUAGCAUUAUCUCUGUUAUUGUUAAAUGUAAUAUGUUGUUAGUGUAUUGAGAAUAAACACUGCUAUACUGUAUAUGAAUAUUUAAUACUUACCUCUCUGGUGGACAGUAAGUUUAAUUUUUGCUCUGGACACCACUGGUAUCGGACACUUUGGGUUUGUUGUAAACCUUGUCCCCUGCUUGGUGUUGUGGUUCCUUCCACCAACCGGUCCAUCAAUACAGAACAAUGUAGCCACUUAGUAAGGAGGAACCACAGUGACCAGAGGGGGACAAAGUAUCCAAAUCAUCCUAAAGUGUCCAAUACCAGAGACACCCAUCACUCUUCCAGAGAGGAAAGAUUUCACUCACCACCUUCCCGAAGAUAAAUAUUAAACAUGUUCUUUUAUAAGCUUAUUGUAAUGUCAUUUUUUUAUUGUCACUUUUAUUAUUUUAUAUGUAGAUG